GGGGCCAGAGAGAAGGGCAGCGUUUUCUGGGUGACCCCUGAACCUCCCGCCCAGCCCAGCUCCUCUCCCUGCCCAGGCUCUGCAGAAGAGACAGGCCCAGAGAGGCUGGCGCUCAGGGAUCUGACGCCGUGGCACUGACUGAAGCCCCUGGAGGAGCCCAGUGAUGCUGCCCAGGCUGUGAACAGGAAAGGCGGCACUGUGGGGGCUGCCGGCAGCCGGGGCAGGGGAGAGACAUGUGGACACGUGGUCUCUAUGGCUCCCGCCUGCCAGAUCCUCCGCUGGGCCCUUGCCCUGGGGCUGGGCCUCACAUUCGAGGUCACACACGCCUUCCGGUCUCAAGAUGAGUUCCUGUCCAGCCUGGAGAACUAUGAGAUCGCCUUCCCCACCCGAGUGGAUGACAACGGGGCACUGCUGGCCUUCUCACCCCCUGCCCCCCGGAGGCAGCGCCGGGGCACAGGGCCUGCAGCAGAGUCCCGUCUCUUCUACAAGGUGGCUGCGCCCAGCACCCACUUCCUGCUGAACCUGACCCACAGCUCGCGCUUUCUAGCAGGACAUGUCUCUGUGGAGUACUGGACACGGGAGGGCCUGGCUUGGCAGAGGGCUGCCCGGCCCCACUGCCUCUAUGCCGGCCAUCUGCAGGGCCAGGCUGACAGCUCUCGUGUGGCCAUCAGCACCUGUGGGGGCCUGCAUGGCCUGAUUGUGGCAGAUGAGGAAGAAUACUUGAUUGAGCCUCUACAAAGUGGAGCCAAAAGGGGCCGAGGCCCAGAGGAGAGUGGCCCCCAUGUGGUGUACAAGCGUUCCUCUCUGCGUCACCCCCACCUGGACACAGCCUGUGGAGUGAGAGACGAGAAACCGUGGAAGGGGCGGCCGUGGUGGCUGCGCACCCUGAAGCCGCCACCUGCCAGGCCCCUGGGCAAUGAAACGGAGCGCAGCCAGCUGGGUCUGAAGCGCUCCGUCAGCCGAGAGCGCUAUGUGGAGACCCUGGUCGUGGCUGACAAGAUGAUGGUGGCCUACCAUGGGCGCCGAGACGUGGAACAGUACGUGCUAGCCAUUAUGAACAUUGUUGCCAAACUUUUCCAAGACUCGAGUCUGGGAAACAUCGUUAAUAUCCUGGUCACACGGCUCAUCCUGCUCACAGAGGACCAGCCCACUUUGGAGAUCACCCACCACGCCGGGAAGUCGCUGGACAGCUUCUGUAAGUGGCAGAAAUCCAUUGUGAACCAUAGCGGCCAUGGCAACGCCAUUCCGGAGAACGGUGUGGCCAACCAUGACACAGCGGUGCUCAUCACGCGCUACGACAUCUGCAUCUACAAGAACAAGCCCUGCGGCACACUAGGCCUGGCCCCCGUGGGAGGGAUGUGCGAGCGCGAGAGAAGCUGCAGCAUCAAUGAGGAUAUUGGCCUGGCCACAGCGUUCACCAUUGCCCACGAGAUCGGACACACGUUUGGCAUGAACCACGACGGCGUAGGGAACAGCUGCGGAGCCCGGGGCCAGGACCCCGCGAAGCUCAUGGCUGCCCACAUUACCAUGAAGACCAACCCGUUCGUGUGGUCAUCCUGCAGCCGCGACUACAUCACCAGCUUCCUGGACUCAGGUCUGGGGCUCUGCCUGAACAACCGGCCCCCCAGACAGGACUUCGUGUACCCCACCGUGGCGCCCGGCCAGGCCUACGAUGCCGAUGAGCAGUGCCGCUUCCAGCAUGGAGUCAAAUCGCGUCAGUGUAAAUACGGGGAGGUCUGCAGCGAGCUGUGGUGUCUGAGCAAGAGCAACCGGUGCAUCACCAACAGCAUCCCGGCCGCAGAGGGCACGCUGUGCCAGACACAAACCAUCGACAAGGGGUGGUGCUACAAGCGGGUGUGCGUCCCCUUCGGGUCGCGACCAGAGGGCGUGGAUGGGGCCUGGGGCCCGUGGACCCCGUGGGGCGACUGCAGCCGGACUUGCGGUGGUGGCGUGUCCUCCUCCAGCCGGCACUGCGACAGCCCCAGGCCGACCAUCGGGGGCAAGUACUGCCUGGGUGAGAGGCGGCGGCAUCGCUCUUGCAACACGGAUGACUGUCCCCCUGGCUCCCAGGACUUUAGGGAAAUGCAGUGCUCUGAAUUUGACAGCGUCCCCUUCCGUGGGAAAUUCUACACGUGGAAAACAUACCGAGGAGGUGAGUCGGGGGCUGAGGAAGCCGUGCGAGCAUCCAACAGCAGGUGGAGACAGCAUCUUGGGGUCUGCCCUGAGCCCUCCCCUCACUCAAGGAGCCAGAAUGCCAGACUGAAUGCUGGGAGCCCCCAUUCCAUCUGCCUAGCCUGCCUAGUCUUCACGGACCUGGGGCCUGUCCCUCUUGGCCUCACCUCCCCCAGGGAGCCCCGGGGCCUCCUGGCCCUCGGUCUGAUGGGACCAUGCCCCCCAGGGGGCGUGAAGGCCUGCUCGCUCACCUGCCUAGCGGAAGGUUUCAACUUCUACACGGAGAGGGCAGCCGCCGUGGUGGACGGGACGCCCUGCCGCCCAGACACGGUGGACAUCUGUGUCAGCGGCGAGUGCAAGCACGUGGGCUGCGACCGGGUCCUGGGCUCCGACCUGCGGGAGGACAAGUGCCGAGUGUGCGGGGGCGACGGCAGUGCCUGCGAAACCAUCGAGGGGGUCUUCAGCCCGGCCUCGCCUGGGGCCGGGUACGAGGAAGUCGUCUGGAUCCCCAAAGGCUCCAUCCACAUUUUUAUCCAGGACCUGAACCUCUCCCUCAGCCACCUGGCCCUGAAAGGGGACCAGGAGUCCCUGCUGCUGGAGGACGUGCCCAGGACCCCGCAGCCCCACCGCCUGACCCUGGCCGGGACCACCUUUCAGCUGCGGCCUGGGCCAAACCAGACACAGAGCCUAGAAGCCCUGGGACCCAUCAAUGCGUCUCUCAUCGUCAUGGUGCUGGCCAGGACCGAGCUGCCCGCCCUUCGCUACCGGUUCAACGCGCCCAUCGUGCGCGACGCGCUGCCCCCCUACUCCUGGCACUACUCGCCUUGGACCAAGUGCUCUGCCCAGUGUGCCGGAGGCAGCCAGGUGCAGGCCGUGGAGUGCCGCAACCAGCUGGACAGCUCGGCCGUGGCCCCGCACCACUGCAGCGCCCAGAGCAAGCUUCCCAAGAGGCAGCGGGCCUGCAACACCGAGCCCUGCCCGCCUGACUGGGCGGUGGGGAACUGGUCCCGCUGCAGCCGCAGCUGUGACGCGGGCGUGCGCAGCCGCUCAGUGGUGUGUCUGCGCCGCGUGUCCGCCACGGAGGAGAAGACCCUGGACGACAGCUCCUGCCCGCAGCCGCGCCCGCCCGUGCUGGAGGCCUGCCACGGCCCCGCCUGCCCCCCAGAGUGGGCUGCCCUGGACUGGUCGGAGUGCACCCCCAGCUGCGGGCCCGGCCUCCGACACCGUGUAGUCCUUUGCAAGAGCGCCGACCACAGGGCCACACUGCCGCCCGCGCACUGCCCGCCCGCAGCCAAGCCGCCGGCCACCAUGCGCUGCAACCUGCGCCGCUGUCCCCCUGCCCGCUGGGUGGCGGGGGAGUGGGGCGAGUGCUCCGCGCAGUGCGGCCUCGGACAGCAGCAGCGCGCGGUGCGCUGCUCCAGCCACACCGGCCAGCCGUCCCGGGAGUGCGCCGAGGCCCUGCGCCCGCCCGCCACGCAGCAGUGCGAGGCCAAGUGCGACAGCCCGCCCCCCGGGGACAGCCCGGAAGAGUGCAAGGAUGUGAACAAGGUCGCCUACUGCCCCCUAGUGCUCAAAUUUCAGUUCUGCAGCCGAGCCUACUUCCGCCAGAUGUGCUGCAAAACCUGCCACGGCCGCUAGGGGACCAGCAGCCCCUGAGCCACAGCUGAGCGCCAGCUUGGGGGUGGAGGGGACCGGCUGCAGCUGGCCAGUCCGAAGGAGCCCGCCAGGGCAGGAGCUGGGAGUGAAGGGAGAGAUGGAGCGGAAAUUAUUUAUUGGAAACCCAUGCAGGGCCCUGGCUGGGAGACGGAGAGGGGCUGGCCAUCCGCCAGGCCCCUCCUCAGCUCCUGUCCCAGUUCGCAGUGAGACCCCCUCUAGGGGGGGGUGGGGGAGGGCGGAGAAGGGAACGACUGUUUGACGUGGCGCUCUUUUCACCCACCCCUAGGGAGCCCCCUGAGGUCCCCCACCUUUGGUUGGAAUACAUACUGUGAAGAGUGGGGGUGGGGAAGGGGUCAGCCAGCGCCCUGGUCCCCAACACUGCCCUUUCCCUCCACUCUGGGCUGGAGGGGGUCUCCGUCCACCAUGGGGAAAGGGAAUUAGCAGGACUUCCUGACAGCCUCCCCUUAACAACACCAGCUACAGGGGUGGGUAAGAGGUGAGAAGAUCCACCCGACCUCUGCCCAGUUGCUCACCCCCAUCAUGGUGCUACAGGCCCUGCCCUGGGGCCCACACACCCCUCGCCAGGAAGUGCUACAUCAAUAAAGUUCUGUCUUGUGUA